UCAUGUCUGCCAUCUGAUAGGCUCACAUUUUGGAUCACUGAACAGAAUUGAACAGUGAGGACUGCGUCGUCCCUUUAGGUGGCGAUAACAACGAAGUCAUCGAAUAGACACCGUCGAUUGCUGUAGAAACGGUAACGUUAGCGCAUGAUUUUGGUGAGCUGUCAAGUACUUUUUUAAAGCGUCAUUUUUGUAUUUGGGGACACAUUGGUUGUUUUUAUAAACAGAAUUUCACACUCUCAUCGGGGUUUUGACACGACAGAUUACAUAAUUAACGCUGUGCAUGUUUAAACGGUCUUCUCCACGCUGCCUCAAAAGAGGGAGAGGCAAUGCUGCACGACCGAAAUUAUUAGGAUCAGUGCUGCAGUCAUACAGAAAGAAAAUAGAAUAGAGAUGAUGCAUGAUGACCCUUUGACUGCAGUAAACAUGUGCGACCGAGUCUGAGACGAUCGCGUUCGUGAUCUGGAAGAAGGAGCUGUGAUUUGGGGCUUUUUAUUCAGUGGAUGCUACGCUAAAGAAUGGGCUACUCCGAUCCAUCGGGUAGAGAUUUGCUCGGAAACAGAUCUCUUUGUUUUAUAUUUAUUUGUGCUUUUGGACUAGUUACUCUUUUACAACAGAUUCUUUAUGGCAAAAACUACAUCAAAAGAGAAAUGCGUCAGGACCAAAUAUUUACAUACACCUUGUCUGGAAUGAAGACAAGUGGGCAACAGUUUAGCCGACUCAAAGGAGACGAAACAGCAAAUUGGACCGGGCCUGUUAAUUUCUCGGAUGAUGGAUCACUGAAGCCUGCCAGAAAUGGGAAGAAAAGGUAUCUUGAAAUGUAUGGUUCUUAUGAAUUCAACUCCACAACAUGCAAGGAAUUCAGACAGGAAAUCAUGGACGUGAAGAUCCUCACGAUGGUGAAGACUGCUGACCUUUUCGAUCGAUGGAGAAACCUGCAGGUCUGCAAGUGGGAGCAGAGCAAGGCGGAGACCAACGCUUUCAAGAGUUCCUUGUCCCACUGUUGCAAUGCCCCCUCAUUCCUCUUCACCACCAAGAGGAACACACCCUCAGGGACCAAGCUGAGGUAUGAGGUGGACACCAGUGGAAUACUGCACAUCAGCUCUGAGAUCUUCAAGAUGUUCCCAGACGACAUGCCAUACACCAAGUCCCAAUUCAAGAAAUGUGCAGUGAUUGGCAAUGGAGGAAUCAUCAAGAACAGCAAAUGUGGGAAAGAAAUUGAUUCUGCAGACUUUGUCUUUAGAUGCAACAUACCUCCCAUCUCAGACAAAUAUGCUGAAGACGUAGGAUACAAGACUGACGUUGUGACAAUUAAUCCCAGUAUCAUCACUGAAAGGUUUCAGAAGCUGGAGAAAUGGAGAAAGCCAUUUUAUGAGGUGCUGCAGAAUUACGAGAACUCUUCCGUUGUGCUGCCGGCCUUCUACAACACGCGCAACACCGACGUCUCGUUCCGCGUCAAGUACAUGGUGGACGACUUUGACUCACAGAAAGGCGUAUACUUUUUUCACCCACAGUACCUGCUAAACGUGCAGCGCUUCUGGUCGCUCCAGGGUGUCCGUGCGAAGAGACUGAGCAGCGGUCUCAUGCUCGUGACAGCAGCAAUGGAACUCUGUGAGGAGGUCCACCUUUACGGCUUCUGGGCAUUUCCCAUGAACCCCGCGGGAAUCUUUAUCACACACCACUACUACGACAACGUCAAACCCCGACCGGGCUUCCAUGCCAUGCCCCACGAGAUUUUCAACUUCCUGCAUUUGCACAGCAGGGGAAUCCUCCGCGUCCAAACAAGUCCAUGCAGGUGAUAAUGUACGUGCUUCAGUUAACUUAUCAGUUCGCCACUUAAAAGCUUAAAAGCAUAAAAAGUUAAAAACGAAAUGAUGCGUGGGUAUUUAUUUUCUCAUAAUGUCCGAUCCAAUCGAGACACAUUGUUUAGACACAAGCGCGAUACUGUACUCUUGUGCUAAUUGCCUUUUAUUUAUUUCUGCGGUUGCUUGCUUUCAAGCCAAAUAUAAGUUUUGUACUUCCGAGUUUAUUUGCGUCCUGACUAAGAAGCAGGAUUUCUGCUGGAACACUUAGACAAUUUAAAUGUGAAUUCAUUGUUUAAAUGUAAGUGGUCUUAUGAGUAACGUCGUGUUUGUGCUAUUUCUUAUGGCUUAGUGAUGUACAGAACAGUUACUAUCCAUAUAACUUUGCACAAAGUCAUUCUUCAGCUUGGAUUUCCUUCAUACUUCUCUUGUAGAUUUCCUAAGACUAAAUGUACAUUCAAGUUGUGUUGCCAGUUUUAAUUUUAAAGUGUACAAAACAUGUAUAUUUUAAUUUGUUCUAACCUCCUCAAGUUCAUAUGUGUAUGUCUUUACUCUUGCCUUUUGAUUUGAAGUUGGUUCACCCAUGUUAAAUCGAUGCACAGUUUAGUCUAUUCAAAAUUUUAGAACGGCUAAGUGCACAUUCUUAAGGCUUUACUAAGCGUAGAAAUGAUGUCACAUCACAGGAUGUGUUCCAAGACACACAGGCCACUUUCAGCUAUAUUUGUUUAAAGACUACUAGACUAAAACAAAAGAAUAUCUGCCUGUAGACCUGUUUCAAGAAGAUGUUUACAUCAAUACAAGAACCAAAUUGUGUAUGUAUUGUACAAAAUCCACAAAAUGGCCUAAUUUUGCUUUCAUUCAUUCAUUAUUAAACCAUACUGCCUUAUAUUAAAAAUGUCCACGGUAAUAGUGUGCAGAAACCUACUGUUUUUAAAUAAGAGCAGUACAACCUAUUCUACAUUUAUGCUGUGUAAUAUCAUAAUCAUAUACAUUAACUAACAUAAUACAUUCUCAUACAAUCACCUUGCUAAUCAUUUGCUAAAAAAAGUUGCUUGAGCAACGCCUGUCAUGUAGUUGUACAGAUUAUAUUCACAAGGGGUAAAAUAUACAAAAAUGUUUCUGAAAUGACUAUGAACUUUGAAACAAGUGCAUUGGGCCUCAUGCAAAAACCACUUGUACAAACAGAUUUGUCCUUAAAUCGCUUAAAUAUUUGAAAACGAAUAAUUUAAGAGAACUUUUUUUCUCUUACUUAGAACUUUUCCUUAGGUAGGAACAACACACGAGUGGUCCCGAGUGGACCCGUCAUACAAGUCAUGUAAACAAGAGCCUUGCAGUGGAUGUCAGCGCAGCUUGCCUGGCACACCAAACUCGGAUCAGACUUUGAACUAGGCUUGGCAGAUGAACAUAUGAAUCUCCUUAUUUAUCGCCUCAAAUGUGUUCGGAAACAUAUUUAGGAGAAAAAAGACAAAGUUUAUCAAAGGUCAUAUUAUUAUUUUUCCUCUACCCAAUCAGGUGUCAGUCGUCCCUUGUUCUUGUUAACCCCAUUGGCCAUCUAUCCCACGGAACCUACCUACCCACCAUAUAUACUGUAUUAUUAUGGAAGUCUUAAUUUAGGACAAUUGUCUGAAGUUAGGAGCGUUUGCUGAGCGUUUGAUGGCACACUCAUAUGAGCCCUUCGUUCGAUAAAAGUACGAUAGAUUUAUACAAAUUUAUAAGAAUUUAUAAGAAGAAAUGUUCUUACAUGAGGCCCAUUGUUCUAUAAAUUACAGCUUCAGAAUACACAUUGCCAGGUGUGCUAGCUUAUUGAAGCCAGUGUAUUGUCUCAGUUAUGAAGAAUUAUCUUUGUCAUGAUUAUUGUCUUUCAGGGGGACAUAUUGCUUCUAAAUGGUUUUAUGGUCUGUGAAGAAUUAUCAUCCUUGUCUGAUGGCAAAUGCAAUGUAUAGUAUUUCAGCUACAAUUUGUCACCUCAGUGUGUUUGCAUGAAUUCCCUUUUGAUACAUUGCUUUGACUGUAUUGUGGCCUCUUGAUAAACAACUGACAAAGUUUACACAUUUUAUUUCAGUCUCUGCAGGACACAAACCAAUAUUUGUAGUGAAAUGACCUCGUCAGUUGAAGACAUAAGAACAGUGUUUUAACACAUUUUUAAUUCAGUUCUGCAUUUUAGAAAUUGCAGUCGGAUGGCUUUCUUGUUGUAUCCCAUCCUGAUUUUUCACAUUUCUAGAUGUGUAUUUUAUUACUGUAGUACUGUACACAGUUGACUUUUUUAACUGAAAGUGUUUUUAAUUGUUUGAAAUAUACUUCUGAUCAUAACGGUGUAUCUGUUAGAGAUUCAGACCAGAUUACUUUUAAUAAAGGAGGCUGUGCUUUAAUAGGGGAAUCUGUGCUUAUGUCCUCUCUAGAGAGGAUCAACGGAGCAGGUACAGUCCACAAUGUUUUGAUACUGAGGCUGUGGUGGAACAGGAACAAAAAUAUCUUGGAAAUACAGCCUUUCUCCAUUUAUGAGGCUAUAAUACACCUGUAUUUAAACACUAAAUCUUAUUGGUAUCUUUCAAUAAUUGUGGAAAAAUACCAAUAUGUUACUUACAGAAGGAAAUUGACAUGUGAGAAGUAAACAUAGGCAAAGUGGUCUUCCUCACUGUGCAAAGUUUACUUGUAUAACUAAAUGUCUCCAAAUGGAAUUUACUGGUAUUUGUACUUACAUACAGAAAGUGCUUCAGCAUUUACUCGCAAUAUUAAGUAAUAAUUUUGUUCCACACACUCCAUAGCAAAUAAAGAGUGUAAUUAAUUAAUGCUAACAUAAUUAUUUUAGCAUUUGUAGGGUUAAUAAUAUCAGAGGAUCUGUAAAGGUCUAAUUUCAGCCUUAUUUGCUCAGUUCACUGGAAUUUCUGAUCAUUUACAGUAUAAAAGUGAAAAACUGUAUAUGCACCCAGAAGCACAUCUGUAGUCACAUAAAUGCUGUCAAACACUUCUUAAUCAUACAAAUGAUUUUUCCUGAGAAACCACAUUUUGAAUUGAUUUCAAUUAAUUCUGUGAAAAAUCAACCAAAGGUGUGGGAGGUGACCUGUCAAUUCAAUAAAGACCAUCCAAAACAUCAGCCUCAUUGGAUUUGUCAUUCUAGAGAUAUUGGCUGUUCAAAGUGGGGUAGUACCCAGAAAGUUUCUGUAAAUUGAAGUCCUGUUUCAACUGAUCAAAACAUGCAAAUUCAUUACAGUAUCAACUAAAUGUUUUGGACAUAUGGAGGCUUAUUGUACAUUUUGAAGAACAUAAAGUUUCAUAUUGAUUGAAAAUGUUCUACCUUACCAUCUACUUGGAUGAACACCUAACCAUUUUUUGUCAUUUUCUGGCCCAAAUUUGGCAUUGUGUAUAUUUUUGAUAAAUUAUCUAUUUGUCCUCAUUUUGCUUGUGACUGUUCUUAACCAGGAUAUAACCAAACUAUCGACUAGUCGACUGGACUGGAAGUCACACCAAGUGGUGCUGAUGUAAGCCAUCAAAUAUGGAUAGAAACUGUGUGGCACAAUUUUGCAUUUUUUGAAUGAUCAUAACUUUUUCUCUGAGCUGUAUUAUGAAUAUCAUAAUCUGAAAAUAGACUGAAAAUUGUAUCAGAGUACACGUUUUCAGGGUUUUCCCUUCUUUAAUGCCAAAGAUAUGACGCUUUCUUGCCACUCACAAGUGACUUUUUGGGUGCCCACCCCAAUUGUUUUAAGAGCCAAUAUCGGCAGAAAGACAAAUCCAAUGAGGCUAAUGUUUUGCAUGUUCUAUAUUGAAUAUACAGUAUAAAGAACGUUCACACAAAGUUUGAGCAAAAUUAGAGUGGUCAUCCCCGACACCUGUCAUGCCUCUGUUGUAGAAGACAUUUUGAGGGAAACUUUCAAAGACAGUCGCAAGCUGAAUGCAUGGAAUGUUCAUUGGCCAUUGAGUGUGAAAAAAAAUCACAUUAAUAACCCUGACAUAAACUGAUAAAGGCAGCUGUAGGCAUAAACAAACAGAUUUCUGAUAAAACAAGCACUAAAAAGCAUUCAUGACAAGCAGUUACGAACAGUUAAAUUAUUAAUUAUCCACCUGCAUGCCGGCCAUCCCUGUCAAAAAUUGGCACCUGAAUUGAAUGUUACUUCUGAAUUGGCACCUGAACUGAAUAUGUUACUUCUGAAUGAUGCCUGUACAUUCCAGUGAUACCAGCUUGUACCAGAAACUUUUUUUCCUGUGAUGGGUCUAGGUACUGUUACUGUAAAUACAUAUUUUUGUCUUAUGUCUGUGCAUGCAUUUCAAAGCUGUGGACAAAUAUCCCACUUAUGAAGACCAGUGGAAGAAUUCCCAGGCCAUUCCAGACUUUUGUUCUGUAAAGAAGGUCCAGAUUCAGAGGCAUAGGCUAUCAAAUGCAGGUUUAGAUUGAUUAAAAAAUAAUAAUAAAGUCAGCCAUUAAAAAUAUUUCAGUGAUAGACAUUAUCAUUGUUUAUUCAUUUUGACGCUGCAUUAAAAAGAUUUGAACCGUUGUAAUGAACAUAGUCUCACACUGUACUUCCAUCUCUACUCCUUAGGUGUGCAACACAAUAUGCAUAUUUGUCAAUGCAUACAGCAUUAUUGUUUAUGCUUAUAUUGUUUGUAUUGUUUAUGACUGAUGCAUUUAAUAGAGCCAUGGAAGUGGAGAUACUAAUUUUCAGUUGCCCUUGGUAUAUCACCUCAUAAACUGCAUCUAUUUGCAUUUGUAUAAAGCUCCAGUUUGACUGCUUAACCUGAAUUCAUGUUUUUCUUUUGUGGAAUUUGGGAAGCUUUAUAAUACUGAUUUGUAAUUGUAAGCAACAUAAUUUCAGUUGGAUGGGCAGGGAAUUCAAUUACAGUUUAUUUUGUGGAACUGAAACAAACUGUGGGUAAUUCUAUACAGUGUCUGUAAAUAAAUUUGUUUGAAUUUUG